ACAGUACUUGGGGAGUCCGAAGAUGGCGGCGUCGCGUCGCUCUCAGCAUCAUCACCACCAUCAUCAACAACAGCUUCAGCCCGCCCCAGGGGCUUCGGCUCCGCCGCCGCCACCUCCCCCACCUCUCAGCCCUGGCUUGGCCCCGGGGACCACCCCAGCUUCCCCCACGGCCGGGGGCCUGGCCACCUUCGCCUCCCCGCGGCACGGCCUAGCGCUGCCGGAGGGGGAUGGCAGUCGGGAUCCGCCCGACAGGCCUCGAUCCCCGGACCCGGGUGAUAGUACCAGCUGCUGCAGUACCACCAACACAAUUUGUACUGUGUCUGCCGCUACUGUGGUCCCGGUGGCUUCUGCUUCAUCUGCCAUUGGGGUCGCUCUCAACUCAGCCGGCGGUAGCAGUAACAAUUCACCGUCGUCCUCUUCUUCCCCGACUUCUUCCUCAUCUUCCUCUCCAUCCUCCCCCGGAUCGAGCUUGGCUGAGAGUCCCGAGGCGUCCGGGGUUAGCACCACGGCAACACUGGGACCUGGGGCAGCGGGACCUGGGACGGGGGUCCCAGCAGUGAGCGGGGCCCUACGGGAAUUGCUGGAGGCCUGUCGCAAUGGGGACGUGUCCCGGGUAAAGAGGCUGGUGGACGCUGCAAACGUAAAUGCAAAGGACAUGGCUGGCCGGAAGUCUUCUCCCCUGCACUUCGCUGCAGGGUUUGGAAGGAAGGAUGUCGUAGAGCACUUACUGCAGAUGGGCGCAAAUGUCCACGCUCGUGAUGACGGAGGCCUCAUUCCGCUCCAUAAUGCCUGUUCUUUUGGCCAUGCUGAGGUUGUGAGUCUGUUACUGUGCCAAGGAGCUGAUCCAAAUGCCAGGGAUAACUGGAACUAUACACCUCUGCACGAAGCUGCUAUUAAAGGGAAAAUUGACGUCUGUAUUGUGCUGCUGCAGCACGGAGCUGAUCCAAACAUUCGGAACACUGAUGGGAAAUCAGCCCUGGACCUGGCAGAUCCUUCAGCAAAAGCUGUCCUUACAGGUGAAUACAAGAAAGACGAACUCCUAGAAGCUGCUAGGAGUGGUAAUGAAGAAAAACUAAUGGCUUUACUGACUCCUCUAAAUGUGAAUUGCCAUGCAAGUGAUGGACGAAAGUCAACUCCUUUACAUCUAGCAGCAGGGUACAACAGAGUUCGAAUAGUUCAACUGCUUCUUCAGCAUGGUGCAGAUGUUCAUGCAAAAGACAAAGGUGGACUUGUGCCUCUUCAUAAUGCGUGUUCCUAUGGACAUUAUGAAGUCACAGAACUGCUACUAAAGCAUGGAGCUUGUGUUAAUGCUAUGGAUCUCUGGCAGUUCACUCCACUCCAUGAGGCUGCUUCCAAGAACCGUGUAGAAGUCUGCUCCUUGUUACUGAGCCACGGUGCUGACCCCACACUUGUCAACUGCCAUGGCAAGAGUGCUGUGGAUAUGGCGCCGACUCCUGAGCUCCGGGAGAGACUGACUUAUGAGUUUAAAGGUCAUUCUUUACUUCAAGCAGCAAGAGAAGCAGACCUAGCCAAAGUUAAGAAAACACUUGCUUUGGAAAUCAUUAAUUUCAAACAACCUCAAUCUCAUGAAACAGCACUGCACUGUGCUGUGGCCUCCUUACAUCCCAAACGAAAACAAGUGACAGAAUUAUUACUUAGAAAAGGAGCGAAUGUCAAUGAAAAGAAUAAAGAUUUCAUGACACCCCUGCAUGUUGCUGCCGAAAGAGCUCACAAUGAUGUCAUGGAAGUUCUGCAUAAGCACGGAGCAAAGAUGAAUGCACUGGACACCCUCGGUCAGACGGCUUUGCAUCGAGCUGCCCUUGCGGGGCACUUGCAGACCUGCCGCCUCCUGCUGAGUUAUGGCUCUGAUCCCUCCAUCAUCUCCUUGCAAGGCUUUACAGCGGCACAGAUGGGAAAUGAAGCAGUACAGCAGAUUCUGAGUGAGAGCACACCUAUCCGUACUUCCGAUGUUGACUAUCGACUCUUAGAGGCAUCGAAAGCUGGUGACUUGGAAACUGUGAAGCAACUUUGCAGCCCUCAAAAUGUGAACUGCAGAGAUCUAGAGGGCCGGCAUUCUACACCCUUGCACUUUGCAGCAGGCUAUAAUCGUGUGUCUGUUGUGGAGUACCUUCUACACCAUGGUGCCGAUGUCCAUGCCAAAGAUAAAGGCGGCUUGGUGCCCCUUCAUAAUGCCUGUUCCUAUGGACACUAUGAGGUGGCUGAACUUUUAGUGAGGCAUGGGGCCUCUGUUAAUGUGGCAGACUUAUGGAAAUUCACCCCUCUACAUGAAGCAGCAGCUAAAGGAAAAUAUGAAAUCUGCAAGCUCCUUUUAAAACAUGGAGCAGAUCCAACCAAAAAGAACAGAGAUGGAAAUACACCUCUAGAUUUGGUCAAAGAAGGGGACACAGACAUUCAGGACCUACUGAGAGGGGAUGCUGCCUUACUGGAUGCUGCCAAGAAGGGCUGCCUGGCAAGAGUGCAGAAGCUUUGCACCCCAGAGAAUAUCAACUGCAGAGACACCCAGGGCAGAAAUUCUACUCCUCUGCACCUGGCAGCAGGCUACAAUAAUCUGGAAGUAGCUGAAUACCUUCUAGAGCAUGGAGCAGAUGUUAAUGCCCAGGACAAGGGUGGUUUAAUUCCUCUUCAUAACGCAGCAUCUUAUGGGCAUGUUGACAUAGCAGCGUUACUGAUAAAAUACAACACAUGUGUAAAUGCAACAGAUAAGUGGGCGUUUACUCCUCUUCACGAAGCAGCCCAAAAAGGAAGGACACAGUUAUGUGCCCUACUCCUAGCACAUGGUGCAGACCCGACUAUGAAGAACCAAGAGGGUCAGACGCCUUUAGACCUGGCAACAGCCGACGAUAUCAGAGCCUUGCUGAUAGAUGCCAUGCCGCCAGAAGCUUUACCUACCUGUUUUAAACCUCAGGCAACCGUAGUGAGUGCUUCUCUGAUCUCACCAGCAUCCACCCCCUCCUGCCUGUCUGCAGCCAGCAGCAUAGACAACCUCACAGGCCCUUUAGCGGAGUUGGCAGUAGGAGGAGCCUCCAAUGCAGGAGACGGAGCGGCCGGUACAGAAAGGAAGGAAGGAGAAGUUGCUGGUCUUGACAUGAAUAUCAGCCAAUUCCUAAAGAGUCUUGGCCUUGAACAUCUUCGGGACAUCUUUGAAACAGAACAGAUUACACUAGAUGUGUUGGCUGAUAUGGGUCAUGAAGAAUUGAAAGAAAUAGGCAUCAAUGCAUAUGGACACCGUCAUAAAUUAAUCAAAGGAGUAGAAAGACUUUUAGGUGGACAACAAGGAACCAAUCCUUAUUUGACUUUUCAUUGUGUAAAUCAGGGAACUAUUUUGCUAGAUCUUGCUCCAGAAGAUAAAGAAUAUCAGUCCGUAGAAGAAGAGAUGCAGAGUACUAUCCGGGAACACAGAGAUGGUGGUAAUGCUGGUGGCAUAUUCAACAGAUACAAUGUCAUUCGAAUUCAAAAAGUUGUCAACAAGAAGUUGAGAGAGCGAUUCUGUCACAGACAAAAGGAAGUAUCUGAAGAGAAUCAUAACCAUCACAAUGAGCGCAUGUUAUUUCAUGGUUCUCCCUUCAUUAAUGCCAUUAUUCAUAAAGGGUUUGAUGAAAGACAUGCAUACAUAGGAGGAAUGUUUGGAGCCGGGAUUUACUUUGCUGAAAAUUCCUCAAAAAGCAACCAGUACGUUUAUGGGAUUGGAGGAGGAACAGGCUGCCCCACACACAAAGACAGGUCUUGUUAUAUAUGUCACAGACAAAUGCUAUUCUGUAGAGUGACCCUUGGAAAAUCCUUUCUGCAAUUCAGCACCAUGAAAAUGGCCCACGCCCCACCAGGACAUCACUCAGUUAUUGGCAGACCAAGUGUCAAUGGGCUGGCAUAUGCUGAGUAUGUCAUCUACAGGGGAGAACAGGCAUACCCAGAAUAUCUCAUCACGUACCAGAUCAUGAAGCCAGAAGCUCCUUCACAGACUGCAACAGCUGCAGAGCAGAAGACCUAGUGAAUGCUCAUCGGUAAAGGCCACAUCAGAUCCAAAUCUGGGACUGGAUUGUGUGGAUUGUUUCCAACAACAGCAAAAAAAAUCAAUAUUCUUAAUCCCUGACAGCCUAGAAAUAAGCUGUUUGUCUUUUAUAAAGCAUUGCUGUCGUGAUGAACAUAGUAUGAGUAACUGAUCCAUACUCAACUGCUACUGUUCCCUUUGAGGAAAUGUUUACAGUGGUGGCCUUUUCACGUAUCUCAGGCUCAUUUUCAUCACAGUUAUCCAUUUCUAGAGCGAGAUCACUUUGAUCUAGACUUGGAAAUGGAAGAAGAGGAAACAUAACCAAUACUGUUUCAAACGUUCACCGUUCACACACUACAUUUGCUUUGUUAAACGUGGCACGUGUGUAUAUAGCAAAUAUAUACAGAUGCAGGCUCCUUUUUAGUUUUUUUUUUUUUGCAAACGUGCAUCAUUGGCGCUUUUUUUUAUUUUAACUUUUACUUUGAAAAUGAGCCAGAACCUUCCUAAGGAUAUUUUGCACAAAGUCACACUGACUAAAAUCACUAACAAUGCCACCCCAGUUUCUGGCUGAGCAAGAUUCUGUUUCCACUUUUUUGUUAUUGUUUGAUUUUAUAUCUGUGCUUCUAGUUUCCAUAAAUCAAGAUGAAAAAGAAAAACAUCAAGUUUUAGUUUCCUUUUAUGAAUUGGCCCAUCUCACUAGGGAAGGCACAAUCAUCAACCUGACUUAGGAGCUCCCAAGGUGAGAGGAGUUGAAGCUGGGAAUGGCCACUUGCCCUUUCUAGGAUACCCUGGGCCGGGGCAGUCAGGCCAGUCCUGGAAAUCCCAGUAGAGCGUGGACUGAGGCGACUGUGACUUCCGUUCCCAGGUGAGGCAGCUAGGGAGCUAUUGAAGGAACACCAUCAAGAAGGAUGAGUGUACGAUUCCAUUUCACUGCAGUCCAGAAGAGUCAGGGGACUCCUCAGAGAACAAACACUUCCCUUCACAUAACCCCUGCCACCAGAACUGUUGCCCCCAAAUUAGCUGCCUUAUUUCCAAAGUCAGUGGAUUAAUGUAUAUCAUUAGACUCCCCAAAAUAUUACUUUAUUGUCUUUUUAGUUUAGUAUGCUAGGAUUCAAGUCCUGUGUAGUAGAUAGAUGUACACAAAUGCAAGAACUUUUUUUACUCCAGAUUUGGGUUAUUUUGAAUGGCAUGCUUCAAAUAGUUUAUUAAGAAAUCCCUGCACUAAAUUUUUGAAAUACUUCUUCAAACUUCUUAAUAUAUUUAGACAAGGAGAACAAAAAUGGAAACCAAAGCCCUUUCAGUUAUUUUUCUAAAUAAAGCUGAUAGAGAAAUAUACUGGGUUUUUUCAUGAAAGUACUGCUUGUUUUAAUAUUUGCCAAGUGCAUACAGACACUUAAGAAGAAAUUAUUUACCACAAUUCUUACACUUGCCCUGUUCACCUUACUGAAUAUUGAAUUAAGCAUAUUACUUCAUUUACUUGACAUGCUACUAUCUCCUCAACUUUGGAACACAAGCAAUAUAAAAUGGUGGAAAAGCGGUGUGACACAAAUUUCAAAGUAAAGCCCUGGAAGCUAAUUGGGGUUUGGUGGGGUUUUUAAUGCAGGCCAAUUAAGCUGGGACCUCCUCCAAUCUCCAGAAAUGAAACAAAAUGGUUAUUUUUUUCUAAAAAUCUAGAAAUAGGCUGUCAAAGUACACACCUUUCUUUUUUCUUUCUGCCUUUCUUUCCUUUCUGUUCUUUUUUUAUAUUUUGGCUUAAGUUCAAUGCAGGAACUAGGCAUUCACACUAGUUUGUUUGAAUUUUAUAGCUGAAACUUGCUUGGGCCCUUAAAAUUAAAUCAAGAAUUGGCCUCUGUUGUUGCUUCUAUUGAAGUUUCAGUGACCUGAGCUGGGUGUUUUUGUCUUGGUUGUGUGUUUAAUAGCACUAGAAUUUCAUAGAAAGCAUCAAAAUUUGAUAUUUGUUGAGGGCCUUUUUCCUUUUUUUUUUUUUCUGUGUGUAACAAAGGAUUGAAGAAAUUGACAUUUUUGUAGCUUUCAGUAGCUGUUAGAGUGUGUGUUAUUUUUCCCUCACCCCUGACAUAGUUUAAAAUGAUAAACAUAGCUGUAAUUUUUAGUUAAGUAAGAGUUAAUAUGGAAUAGAUAUGGAGAGCUUUAUAGCUUCGUUAAAAAGAUAAACCACUACCUGACUGUGGUUGGUUAUAUGUUGUGUUGUUUCCAUGGCACUAACUAGAUUAAUGGAUGUGCUAGUUUUGAACUUGGGCGUUACACUUGAGAAGUUAAACUGUGGUUCACUUUUUAAACCACCAGUGUUCCAUGUCUGCUGUUCUGUGUGCCAAGUAAAGGUUCUGUCUGUAUAAGGAAGACAUUUGCCGUGCUUCUGGUCUUAUAACGCUUCAGCUGUAGUGUAGGUCUUGAGAGAAUGUGUAUAUAUUAUCUGCUAAAGAGAGGAGGUUAAUGGAUAUAUCAUAGGAACCAAAAGCAUUUUUUUUCAGAACUUGAAAACCAAAGGUCAUGAUGAAUAUAUUCAAAAGUUAGCAAAAGUUAAUUACAUCUGGAAUUUCCAUCUACAGCAAUGUGAAGAACCAUCUAGAAUCAUAAAUCAUGACAUUAAAUUAGGCUGGAAUCUGUUUCUGGACGUUACACUAUAUGGCGACACUAGUAAGUUUGGGACUCACCUGAAAUGGCCUCUCUGCUUCCCAAACCACCUGGUAAAAAGAACCAGAUGAGCCAGGGAUUUAGUUCAGUGGUUCCAUCGCCUGCCUCGCAAGCACAAGGUUCUGAGUUCGAUCCCAGUACCAAAAAGAAAAAAAAAGAGGAAAGAACCAGACAUCUCCACAGCUUUAUCUCUAAAUCAGAAGGCUUCUCCAGACCUGAGGGUUCAUUUCACCUGUGACCAACUGGAUACUUAACUCAGGCGUGAAGUAAGUGCUCUGGACACUUUUCUCCUUGUGUUUGACCUUUACUUUUCCCCAGAUUGUUAGUCUAGAAUAAAAAUAGCUUCAACAGUUACCUUUGACCCCACCAUUUUCCUUCUUUCUUCAUCUUAAGUCAUUUAGAAAGAAUAUAGGUACCUCUCCAUUUUCAAAUCGCCACCAGAAGUGGAUUUAGGCCUCAUCCGUUCUCUGCUCAGAAGAUUCUGCCACUUGGUCAACAAAUGACAUCAUGGAACCAAGAGUUUUUAUUCUAUGCAAAAUAAUAGCAGCACACCCAAGAUUCUUAUUUGCUUUUCUUUCUUGGCAUUUAGAAUGUCUAGCUGUUCAAGCAACUUAAGUAGAAUAAACAAUAUUAGGAUGUUUCAUGAAAUAGCAUCCUUGUACUCAUUUGAGGUUGAUGUUAAAAGCUAGACUAAUUUUCUUUGCUUUCAAAAUAGCAAAGUGCAUUGAAAUAUGCACAAAACACCUGAAUAUGGCAAGCAAAGUCAUACAGAUUAACAUUUUAUUAUUGUAGGAAUUAUACAAAAAACAACGUUUGUUAAUGCUGGAAAACAGCAUUCAAAUGCAAUAAGUUGUCUAGAUUUCUCUGUAUUUCAGUGUUUCCCAGUUGCAUGAAGAGUCAUUGGGUAUCGCUUCCUCCCUGGAAACGCGUGCACUAUUGGGACUCCUGUAGAUGACCUCACAAACAGAAACACCUUUCCUCCAGCACAUCCAGAUCUUAUGUGUGUGAUGUCGGAUAAGCAGCCUUCUUACUGGGUUUUCUGGUAGGCUCAUUGUCUUGCGCAGAGCUAUAGACUUUAGUCAUUCAGCAGAUAUCCAAAGUUGACAUUAAAAUAGGGUUCAUGUACCUGAAAUUAAGUUUUUUUAAUGUCAAAUAAAUGACAGAGAAAUGAAAGUAGUAUUUGAACUAUUGUUAGACACAUCUAGCAUAUUAAAAGGAAAUCUGUUCAAAAUAUACCACCUGGAAACCCUUUGCAGGCUAUUUGAGCAUACUGCAAUUGAUAGUUAAAAUUUUUCAGUUUAAGCAAGCCUUAACUAUGGCAGAAACUUUUUAACCUUUUAUAUUCUAAUAAAUGAAACGUUGUGAUUCUAUUUCUUAGUGUUUGGAAGGUGUCAGUGAGUUGGCAUGUCUCCGUGUAUUUUCAUACUUGUUAAGCUUAUAUUGUGAGGGUAUAUUUCAUAAAUUACACUCCCUCACUUACAACAGAAUUGAUGUAAUCAAUCCGUUCCAAUUUCUCCAUAUCUGAAAUAGCUCAGCAACAAUAUUUUUGUUGGGAAAAUUGUUGAGAACAAUCUCAAAGCCUGUAAAGUUGUGUGUGUGUGUGGAUUCAGUAACUGUGAUACUGUGUAGAAUGUGAGUGCUAUGCAAGCUGUUUUUAAUCAUUUUAAAUUAAACAUUUUGAGGUAUUAAAGUGAGAAUUUGUAGGAAGCUGAAGAUUUUAUGUACUCUAAGGCCAGACGCAGUCAUGUGUGACGCUUUACACUUCUCCCCCGGGUUCCACCUCCUGUGAAAUAACCUUCGCGUUGUGAAGACAUCACAUCUUGACUCCUCACUCUUUCCCCUUUUCUUUUCUACUUUACACUGCACAUCUCCACAGUCCCUACCACCAUCCUUUCAGAGAGUUUUCUCUCAUCCUCCAGAAUUCAGAUGGCUUUAUUUUAUCUGUGUGUCCAUAUCUGUAAGCAAUCCUGAAGCCCUUUGUCAAUUCAGAGAAAAGCUGUAAACCCUGGUAGCAGGGAAGUCCCCUCACACACCGUCCUCCUCGUCCCAGAGUGCCGGAGGAAGAGCUAGGAAACACCAGUGAAAAAGAAGUUAGAAAGCAACCAAAAUCUUUGAGGCUGAUAGCUUAGACCUAGGAGAUGACCUAGACCAUACA